CAAAGGGAUUUAUUGUGAUAGUGGUGUGAUACUCGUGUAGUUCCGUAAAAACUUAAAACAAAAAGGAGUGUAGUGUUAGAUUUCGUAAAUUUCAACUAAAAUGAUCGAAGAACAUAAUGAGCAUGAAACGAUAUACGAUUCUGUGAAUUCACUUGUGGAAGGUUGUCGUUUGCCAGUCAAAAUGCAUGGAACGGACGAUUGGCCCCUAGCUGAAAUUAUCAGUGUUAAGGAUAUACAUGGUAUCAGGUGUUAUUACGUGCAUUAUGUUGAUUUUAAUAAACGAUUAGAUGAGUGGGUGACUGAAGAUUGUUUGGACACUAGAAAAGUUCAAUAUCCUCAACGAGAUGGCACAGCUCCUGGAACAGGAGCAGGUACUCCAAAAAAACAAGUGCAAAGCAGACCUUCUAGUCCUAGUAGUGUUAGUAACAAACCAUUGAAUGGUACUGCUGUACUACAAGCAGCAUUACAAAAGAAAAUGUCAAAGAAGAGAAAGUCAACGUUUUUAGAGAAUGAGGAUUCUCAAGAUGGCCCGCCUCAAACUACAGGUCCAAGACCUACUGGUUCGUUGGUUGCUCAUCAUCACGAUGAUGUUGUCACACGGAUGAAAAAUGUAGAACUGAUAGAAUUAGGUCGUCAUAGGAUAAAGCCUUGGUAUUUCAGUCCAUAUCCACAAGAGAUGGUGAAUCUUCCGUGUAUAUAUAUCUGUGAAUUCUGCUUGAAAUAUAGAAAAAGUAGAAAGUGUUUGGAGAGACAUCUGGCAAAGUGCAAUUUACGUCAUCCACCGGGAAAUGAGAUAUAUCGAAAAGGGUCUAUUUCGUUUUUCGAAAUCGAUGGUAGAAAGAACAAAAACUAUGCGCAGAACUUAUGUUUAUUAGCAAAGUUAUUUCUCGAUCAUAAGACAUUGUAUUACGACACUGACCCUUUUUUAUUUUACGUUAUGACUGACUUUGAUAGCAGAGGUUUUCAUAUAGUCGGAUAUUUUUCUAAAGAGAAGGAAUCGCCGGAGGAUCAUAACGUUGCAUGUAUUCUCACACUGCCACCAUACCAAAGAAAAGGAUAUGGAAAAUUAUUAAUAGAAUUUUCCUACGAACUCUCGAAAUUCGAGGGUAAAACUGGAUCUCCAGAAAAGCCAUUAUCCGAUUUGGGCUUGUUAUCGUAUCGAAGUUAUUGGACGCAUACGAUACUCGAUAUAUUAUUGAACAUUAAACCGGUAGUCGAAAAUGAGAAACCACAAAUAACGAUAAGUGAAAUCUGUGAUUUAACGUCUAUCAAAAAGGAAGACGUAAUAUCGACGUUACAAAACUUGAAUCUAAUUAACUACUACAAAGGACAAUAUAUCAUAACGUUAAAUAGGGAAAUAAUUGAGCAACACUCGGCGGCAAUGAAAAAGCGCCAAGUUAGGAUAGAUCCAAAGUGUCUGUAUUGACCGAAGGAUUGGAGUGUUAAGGCUAAAUAAUAAAGUGAUAUUAAAAAGUGGCUAGAAGCCGACGUUAAUUUGUUAUGAAAUUAUUUUCAGGAAUACUGGAAGUGUUAUGAUUUCAAACUGUACAAAAUUGUACAUAAUAACGUGAUCUUAUGGUUUGGCAUUAAAAAAAAAAAGAAAAAAAAAGAAA